AUGUUUUCCAUCAGUAUCACAAAGUAUGCCACGCCUCAAAAUUACGAGUUGAGCGAGCUUCCCGCGCCGACCGUGGAAGGGCCUGAUGACAUCGUGAUCAAAGUCCAUGCUGCUAGUAUCAAUCCGAUCGAUGUAAAGAAGGCAUCAGGUGCGUCAAAAGCGGUGUUGAAAGACAGCUUCCCGUACAAGAUCGGGUAUGACUGCGCUGGUACUGUUGCAGAAAUCGGAUCCCAAGUGACUCGUUUCAAAGUUGGCGAUGAGGUUUUUGCUCGUCUUCCUGAAUGCCAUCGAGGCGCGUGGAGUGAGCUAGCAAGAACAACCGAAGACUUUGUCGCUUUGAAGCCAAACAGUCUGUCCAUGGAAGACUCGGCAUCGAUUCCAUUGGCGGCUAUGACUGCUCUACAGGCCCUUCGGGGGUACCCUGGUAGUCUCGAGGGUAAGACGGUAUUUGUACCUGCUGGAUUGAGUGGUACCGGGCUCUUCGCCUGCCAGUUGGCCAAGAAUGUAUUCAGGGCUGGCAAAGUCAUCACGACUGUUUCAACUUCUAAGGUCCCUCAAGUGAAGGAACUUCUGGGUGAUGGUGUCGUGGAUGAAAUCAUCGACUACAGAAAGACAGAUCCAAAGACUGUCAUUCCUGCCGAAUCGGUUGACUUUCUUUUCGACACGACAGGAGACUCCAUGAACUAUCUGUCGCUGAUGCGGCCGACCGGAGCUAUCGUAUCCAUCGCCAUCCUAACCUCGGGAGAUACCCUACAGAACUCGAGUCUUAUGCGGCUCUCGCCUGAUAAGAACAACAGAGCGACAGUUCCCUUUGCCGUCAAACUCGCCCUGAACGUGCUAGAUCGAAUCCGUACCAUGCGUGCAUCGCGAUACGGUGUCAAGUACUCGGCCAUCUUCCUGGAACCGAAUGCUAAAGAUUUGGGUUCCAUUGCUGAGUGGGUUGACGCAGGGAAAGUGCGUACUGUUGUUGGAACUAAAGUGCCGUACAAAGAUCUCAAGGCUGUCCGAGAUGCGUGCCAGGUCGUGUAUGAUUCGAAAGGUGGUGUUGGAAAAUCGGUGAUCACAUUUGUGUGA